CACAACAAUUACAUUUGAAGAGUUUGUCAAUACUUAUGCAGAAAUGAAUAACGUCAGUGACUUCAGCGCUUUUAUCUUGUAUACACAGUAUUAAUAUAUUGGACUUAAGAUUCCAAAACUCAAAACAACAAACACGUUAAUAUCAAAAAGUGAAUUUGUUAUGACGACGGGCCUCGUUUGAAAUCAAAUAGAUAAACUAUAGUUUACAUGUAUCUAUUGAUAAACAUAUCUGACGCAGUCAUUCAUACAAAUGCGCAGUAAGCCGCGGACACGUUAAAAAACCAGUCGAGGACACUAACUGCGCUUUUACUCAAGUUAGCAACCUAAAGAGCUUGACAACAUUGGUAAUCGAGGCGAUUUUCAGAAGUCAUGCACCUUUGACGCUAAGCCAAAAUCAAAGUCACGUAAGGAACUGAUAAUGAAAAAGCACGACGGUAGACCACAAUAUCCAAAGCAAAAAAUAUUUUCUAAGACUGUAAAUUCGAAACAGAAUGUGAAAGCAGGCCAAGGUGACACCGGUCCUAAUACCCAUGAUCAUUCUGUAUUCAAAGAUACACCAGACAGUAACACGUUAGAUACAAAAUAUCGCCCUGAAAGCAAAAGACAUUCAAGUAAACAUGAACUGUCCGUUGAUGGAACUGAUUUUGAUAUUUCAAGAUCCUUUAAAUCUGAUAAUGCCGCAGGACAAAAUGCAGAGUCUUCCUCGGAUAAACGUCAGCCGACUUUAUCGACAACGAAUUCUUCUCAAUACAAUAGAGGUAAAGGACACUUUGUCCGAAGAGGACUGCACUCUUGUCCAGAAAAAAACAAAUCAGGUGGUAGUUUGCAAACACUAGAACUUGAUCUACAUCAGCGAAACGAUAAAAAACCAUCAAUCAACAGUUUACGAAACAACAAAGGGACACUGUUGAAAUUUGAGUCAGCAUCUCCGUUUCCUUUCGAACAAAAAAUGAUAAGCUCUGGAGAGCUUGUAAAUCGUUCUUCAGAAACUAUCAACAUGGGUAAAUGCAGUGAAAAAACAUUUCAAAACGAUCAACGUUGUAUGCUUUCGGGAAGCGGUCAAAGUAGCAGACGUACCGAAAGAAAAACUGUGGAAAAUAUUGAAUCCGUUUUAGUUCCGGAUACAGAUUCUCCAUUAGCCUACCAAAUUCACACCGAAAACAACAUUGAAUACACCAAUGGAUGUAGACCUAAAACAAAAAGCAUAAUGCAUACAGCCACUCGAUCUGCUCCCAAUAAUGAUACCAUGUCGGCUUAUAAAGGAUCUAACAUUUGUGAGUCAACGACUAGAGAUGAAAGAAACAAUGACAAACCAUCUAUCACAAGAACAUUUAAACGUGAACGUGUCGGCUACGGUUUUCCAUUUCUAAAAGGAAUGGAAAACAACGAAGCGUCUCACGUUGUUAUGGAACUAACGAAACAAGAUAUUGCAUUACGAAAAUGUAUUGGACGAACUAAAUUAGAUCCAGAAUUGAUGUUGCUAUUUCUUAAAGUGUUAAACAAAGCAUUCGAAAGUAUAGAUGUGCCAACAGCACAUUACACACUGUUUGAAAUGUUAUGCGAAGAGGGAUUCUGGGAAGCUCUUUUGACCUUCUUGAUCGACCUGCAGUCCAGUUCCGACUCCGAUAGAAAAAACACUGUUGUUACAUGUGUGACGCAUAUAAUGACAAAUCAAGUGGCCAAAAAUCCAAUGUCUAUCGCUGUAUUUAGAAGGUUGUUUACAAUUAUAAAAAUGAUAGCGGAUGACCCAGCAAACGCUUCUGUUAUUAACGAUUUCACAAGAACAUCGUUAAACGAAUUUGCUGAUCUUAAUAACGCUUAUAGAAAAGACGAGAAACGGAUUGAACACAACUAUGAAGGUAAACCACCAGACGAUUUUAGAACAAUUCCGGUUCUUCCAAGAAUAGAAGAAAUCAAAGGCUUCAUUCAACCAUUUCUACGGAAAAACAAACUAGGGGGACAAUACGAAGAUGUAGAUGAUUAUUUAGAUGUGCAAUUUCGACUUUUAAGAGAAGAUUUUAUUGGUCCUCUAAGAGAUGGCAUCACAGAGUAUAUUAAAAACAAUGAAAGCAAAGCUAAAUCAAACAUUAGAAAUACUGAUGUUCGUAUAUACCGAAACGUAAUUGUAGUUGGACCAGAACUCGCUGAAUUUGGUUUAAGUUUCAAAAUGAAAAUGGAAAUGACAACUGGACUAAGAAAAAUACACUGGGAAUUAGGAAAACGUUUGAUAUAUGGAUCAUUGGUUUGUCUCUCCGACAAUGAAUUUGACACGCUUGUUUUAGCUACUGUUAUUGACAACGCAAAGAUAAAAGACGGAAUAUUUUCUGUUUUAAUUGAAGAUGAAAACGUCCAGAUAUCAGAAUUGCUUAACAGAAACUUUACUAUGGCUGAAUCUACAGUGUAUUUUGAAUCUUACAAACAUGUAUUAGCUGGGCUACAAUCAAUUAACGAAACUAAUUUUGCAUUUGCAAAACAUAUUGUAUUUAGCCAACCUAAAUGUUCCCCGCCUGCGUAUUUAGAUGUCCAAACAUCUUUUGAUUUGAGGCCGUUGAUACACGAUGACUACAUAAUUGUUCACCCUAGUAAUAUUCGAAAUGAAGUACUAAGUGUUAACCAGCAUAUUGUGUCACAAGAAAACAACAAGUCUACACGUGUGAAAGUACUUGAUCACUCUCCAUGGCCUGCAAAGGAAAGCCUACAAUUGGACGACUCACAGAUGCGAGCCAUUCAGAACGCUCUAUCAAGAGAAUUUGCAAUUAUUCAAGGUCCACCAGGCACUGGAAAAACAUACAUUGGUCUGAAGUUGGCAAAGGUUUUACUUCACAACAAGGACACAUGGGGCAAUGUGAGUGGAAUGACAUCACCAAUGUUGAUAGUAUGCUAUACAAACCACGCACUUGAUCAAUUCCUUGAGGGAGUUGCCAAAUUUUAUCGCGGUGACCUGGUGCGCGUUGGCGGUCGGUCGAAGAGCGAACGGUUAAAAAGCUAUUCAUUGAAACAAUAUCGAAGGGGCGCUUACAGUUCUCGGAGCGCAAUCGGGAAAAUGACACAAUUAAAAGAUUCGGCGCGGAAGGAAUUAGCCAAAUCUCAAACGAAAAUCUGCAAGUUAACCGUUAGUGUUCAAAUAUGUUUGCAAACUUUGAUCAAUGAAGGAACAUUACGUGAUGUAAUGAGCGAUUGUCAGUUCCGAUCAUUACAAACAAAUAUGAUACCGAAGAAUACCGACGAAUCUUCUCAAUCCACUAUAGCGAUUUGGCUGCGAACGGACUUAAUAGAGCAUGAGUGCAGACUCGCAAUAAACCAAGACCGCAAUGCAGAUGAAGAUUUUGAACAGAGCAUUAAUGUAACAACAGGAAACGAAAGAUCUGCAAGUAUUCUUUUCGACGAUAUACUACCAGAGUUUGACACAACACAGGUAAAUGCAGUGUAUCAAGUCAAACAGAAGACACUUUCAGGGUAUAAUAUCACUAACGAAUACGUGAAUGAAAUACUGAAUCAUAUAUCCAAGGUUCGUGCAGAUUUAGAUGAAAUAGAAUUAAAUAUCCAAAAAGUUGAAAACAAAAGGAAAUUAUCCAAGAAAAACAAGAUAAAUAAAAUUAAAGAAUUGGAAAAAGCUCAAACGAGAAUGAAAAGACAAGAAAAUGAACUUCAGUUUCACUUAAAACAAGAACAAAUAAUUCAGAUAUAUCAAGAACAAGAUACAAAAUCUAAUUUAAGUCAUGAUUUGAUGCCGCACCAAGAAGUAAUUGCAGUUGACGACAUUUGGAAGCUCAACCUUAAAGACAGAUGGAGACUUUACCGAAGCUGGGUGCAUACAUAUGUUUUGUAUUUAAAUCAGAAGAUUGAAAAAGAAAGAGAAGGUUUUAUGAUGACAGCGAAACGAUACAAAGAGGCACAAAUGCUUGUUGAUCGAGAAAUAUUGCGACAUUCCUCCGUUAUAGGAAUGACCACUACAUGCGCUGCUCGAUACCUCAGCACUCUACGGGACAUAAAACCUCCGAUUGUGAUUGUUGAGGAGGCGGCUGAAGUAUUGGAAGCUCAUAUCAUAACGACGCUCAGUGAUGGAUGCAAGCACCUUAUUUUGAUAGGUGAUCACAAACAGCUGCGACCAAAUCCAUCGGUUUACAAACUGGCUAUCAGAUACAAUCUGAACAUAAGCCUUUUCGAACGAAUGGUAAAUAACGGAGUGCCUCAUGAUUGCUUAGAGCUUCAGCACAGGAUGAGACCAGAUAUAGCGGAUAUCAUGCGGCAUAUUUACCCAGGUCUUCAAGAUCACAGCCAUGUGCGAUGCUACGGCGAUGUAAAAGGCAUAGCAAAGAAUGUCAUGUUCAUCAAUCACAACGAACCGGAAAGUUCUAAUGGUGAGCUCAAAAGUUAUGCGAAUACAUUUGAAGCCGAUUAUGUGGCUAAACUUGCAAAACAUCUUUUGAUGCAAGACUACAAUGGGUCCCAAAUAACUGUUCUAACCACAUACACAGGUCAGUUACUUGAAUUAAAAAGACGUAUGAACCGCGACGAAUAUGAUGAUGUAAAUGUUACCGUAGUAGACAAUUAUCAAGGAGAAGAAAAUGAUAUUGUUAUAUUAUCACUUGUUAGAAGCAACCAUGAAAAUCGAAUAGGGUUUUUGAAAACUGAAAACAGAAUUUGUGUUGCUCUUUCGCGAGCAAAAAUGGGAUUCUUCGUAGUUGGUAACUUUGACCAAUUAUCAUCUUUGUCGCCUUUGUGGAAAGCUAUUACAGAAGACAUGAUGACAAGGGGAUGUAUCGCUAGGGGAUUACAACUCCGUUGCGCAAAUCACCCAAACGACCCACCGAAAAUUGCUGUAUCGGCCACGGACUUCAAAGAUGCUCCAUUAGGCGGAUGUACGAAAGCGUGUGAAACAAGACUGAACUGUGGCCAUCAAUGUACACUGACAUGUCAUAUAAAAGAUUCCUCUCAUAAAUUGUUCAAGUGUCAAAAACCUUGUACCCGACGUUGUGAGCGGAACCAUAAGUGCAAAAGCAAAUGCUUUAAAGAUCCUUGCCCACCAUGUAGAGUUAUCGUAACGAUGACCAUUCCAAAAUGCGGACACUUGCAAGAUAUCGAAUGUCACCUGGAUCCUACAGAAGUGCUUUGCAACACCAGACCGUGUCCUACGAUUCUCAAUUGCGGACACGCAUGUACGAAUGCAUGCGGAUAUCCGCAUACUAUAAAGUGUGAAUAUGAUAUUGAAAAGACAUUUUCUUGCGGACAUACGUCUAAGCUUCGUUGUUGGCAGACAAAUUCAAUACAAUGUCCACAUCCGUGUGGCAGUAUACUAAAAUGUGGCCAUGAAUGUCAUGGCACUUGUGGUUCUUGCUUAAACGGAAGAUAUCACGACAGAUGCAGCCAGAAAUGCAGUCGUAGUUUAAUAUGUGGUCAUCAAUGCGAAUCACCGUGUGCGCAUUGUUUGCCAUGUGAUCAGAAAUGUCAAAACAGAUGCGUACAUAGCACUUGCAACAAACGGUGUGGCAUCCCCUGCACACCUUGUAAGGAACCAUGUUUAUGGUCUUGUAACCAUUACCAAUGCUCCAAUCUGUGCAGUGAACCAUGUGAUCGGCCACCAUGCAACAGACCUUGCCCAAAGAAACUAAAAUGCAACCACACAUGCAUUGGUUUGUGUGGUGAGCCGUGUCCACUUCUUUGCAUAAUUUGUGAUAAAGACGAAGUUACUGAGAUUUUCUUUGGCACGGAAGACCUCCCUGGCGCACGAUUCGUAACACUAGACGACUGUGGACAUGUGCUUGAAACCACUAGUCUUGAUUACUACAUGAAUUUGAAAGAAGAACAUGGAGAGCUUAGUUUUAAAUGUUGUCCAAAAUGCAAAACACCUAUUCGCAAAUGUGUGAGAUAUGGGAAUGUCGUGAACAAGCAACUUCAAGAUAUUGAACAAGUCAAGAUGACAAUGCUCGGUGGAUCAUUUGGACAAUUGAAAACAAUGCUGGACGCCGAAAAUAUUUUUCUGUCGAAACGAUUACGUAAAAUGUCCAUUCCAAGAAUUUUAAUGCGAUUUUUUAAUGCAGCUACAGAAAAUGCUUACCUCAAAAUUCAAAAGCGAAUAACGUCAAUACAAGAAAACAAUAGUUGUGUUAUCUUAUCAGAACAACUUAUUCAAACAAUUCACGUUCAAAUUCAAGUUAUAAAUCAGUUCGAAUCAUUGUUUAAGAUGAUUGUGGGAGAAAAUCAAAGAUUGUCGUUUUUUAACGACAUUGUUAAAAAAGCUGCAGAAGCUAGAUUUGUGUUUUCCGAACAAGAACUCAUGGAUAUAAAUACCGAAUUAAACCGGGCCCAACUUUACUGCAAAUGUGUUAAACUGGAGACAAAUUUGAAAAAAGUUGGUAAACAUUCCGAUGUCACGGAUGACAUUAACUUUGUGAGGAACAAAUUGUUUUUGGUUCGUGUGUUAACUGCAGAUGAAUGUGAUAAAGUUUGUGCCUGCUUGGAUCGCAUGAAGGACAUGACAAUGAUUCAAGGACUUAAGAUAACUGAAGAAGAGCGGAUUUCAAUUACCCAGGCAAUGAAACUCAACAAGGGUCAUUGGUUCAAGUGCCCAAAUGGUCACGUUUAUGCCAUCGGCGAUUGCGGAGGUGCGAACCAAAGGUCAAAAUGUCCAGAGUGCAAGGCAGAGAUUGGUGGAGAGCAUCAUCGACUGGUUGACGGGAACCAGUUGGCCACGGAAAUGGACGGAGCAACCUUUGCAGCGUAUUCGGAAGAGGCGAAUAACCUUGCGAACUUUAACUUGGAUGAUCUCCAUUAAACGUGUAUGGAACAUGAUUUGAAGUACAGUGUACCAACUCGGCGAUAGCUUUGUAUACUUUGCUUCAAUAAAAUUUCAAUUUGGAUAACAUGAUUUAUGUAGGUUUCGGAAAAGCAUUUUAACCAUUUUGAAAUAAGUCACGGACCUCCACGUGCGCAUGCGUAUUUGUCGUUUUAUAAUGUACAUGCAUAUUAAUCCAAAUAUGUUAUUAUUACUGUUAAAAUGUCAUUAUAUAUUUUGCGAUACACAAACCGAGUGAAAUAAGUUACCUCUUUGGGUAGACGAAAAAAUAACAUACAUAAACACAUUUCAACAAUUUUCCCAGUAAUAUCGUAUUGUUUUACAAGUUUAAGACACUGGCCGUUUAGUGUGCUUAUAUUACAAAUUUUAAAACUGUGUAAUGAGUGCUUUUAAGGCGCCGGACGGUUCAAAGUAAACAAUGCAUUGACAUUUCGCAGCGAUGUUUGACAUCACGAUCAAUUUCAGACAGCGACUGUGCUGUUUUAUGAGUGACGUUUCUAAAAUUAGUCUUUUUUUAUCAAAGAUUAUCCUUUUUUUUAAAUUGUCUCAAACAAAGAGUGUGGGUGUUACAAUGCUUUAAUGUCAUUAAUGUUGACUGUUUAAAUUGUAACUCUGACUUAGAAAUAGCACUUGGAGAACGAAUACAUAUGUAUAUUUAAUUCAUAUCACAACAAUUUACACGUAUAUUGACGUUUUUUUAAUAAUUUAAAUCAUAUUGUGCACCAAUUUAUUAAUUAAAAAGCACUAUUUUAAGCAAUAUCAACAUUUAAAUUUUGCCACAUUCAAUGACACUGUACGUAAAGAGCAAGGGCUCAAACUAGUUACAUCAAUCGUGUUUUGAUCAUUGUCGUGUAAUCAUUAUUGAUAUGAACAUGAUGUAUGUCUCUGUUUCCGACCUAUUGUACAGAAUUCUUCGAAAUAAAUAUGGAAUACGACCCAACAAACCUAACCUUUCAAAAUUUAAAAUUAUAAUUAUUGUCUAAUGGUUUUUUUCAUUGAUACACCAUUGAUUUUUUUCUUCACAUAAUUAUGCUAUACAAUGUCGUUAGAACAGUAGCUUAUUGCUAAUUUAGCAUUGCAUUUGCUAGGUUUAUCUUAUUUAGUCUAUUACAAUUCUUGCAUUUACUGUGUAUUUUCCAAGUAUUAAUCGCAUCAAAACACUAUGUUAGAUUUCUAUUAAAUGUAUCUAAUGUGUAUUUUAUAUGAGUCAAAUUUUUGAGGUUAAAAGUAUGUUGUACAAUUGUAUCGUAUUACAAAUGAUUGAACUAGCCAUUAUAUUAUUUUCAUAUGCAAUUUAAUGUUAUGAAUUGAAGUUUUGCUAUGCAAUAUGACUUACUGUCAUGUGAUGUGAUGUAAUCCAAUGAAAUGAGCGUAAAUGAUGUUCUUGUGCGCAGAAUAUUAUUAAAUAACCAAUAACGAAAAUCAUGCAUUCAAAAUUAAAAAUUGCACGAAUUUUUAUGUAUGCAUAUUGAUGAUAAAUGGAGAGAAUAUUUGUUGCUUUUGGUAUAUGGUCGAAUUACAUUUCCCCGAUUUCUUGCAGAAAACAAAUGAUAUACCCACGCAUUAGAAGCAACAAAUGUCUGGGAUGUAAAGAUACAUACUUGGAUUGAGUACGUGUUUGUGAAUACAUGCUCACUUAGACUGAAAGCUAUAUAUUUAACAGUAUGUUAUGCUUAUUGCUUUUUUUUGUUUACGAGUUGUUUUAAAAUGCUUAUUUUGUUAUUUGUCUAUAUAUUGUUAUAUUGUCUUGUAUAUUAGCGAGUAGCAUGCAAUAAUUUAUGUUAACGUCGAAAACACAUAAGCUGGUGAAUAAAUAUAGUAUUUAAUGCUUA